AUGAUGCCAGGCCCCGGACCACACUUGAUGUACGCGAUGGGUUCAGGUCUGGCCCUUACCUCGUUAACCAGCGGCCGGUUCAGCCCUCAUCACACUCUCACUUACACCAUCAACGCCUUUUUUGGUCCAGACAUCGGCUCCUUCUCCGAGUGGCUUGGUUCCGUCCUGGGUUCUUCCUUUCAGCCUUUAGGCUCUUCACUAGCUGACUAUAUCCAUGACCCUUUUUACUAUAUCUUGAUUUUGGGUCUUCCUCUGUGUGUUUUUUACUCUUGGAUCUCUAAAAUUCUGCUGCAAAAGAAGCUUCUUGAUUCAGUUUCUGGGGUGCCCCUUUCAAGGAGGCAAUGCUUCUUGUUGGUGUUUGCGGGAUGCUUGUCACAUUUUUUCCUAGAUCACUUGUUUGAGGAAAAUGGACAUUCAUCAGUGUAUUCUUGGAUAUUGAGCACUGGUUGGUGGAAGAAUCGAGCACCAGUCAAUCCGGAUGCUGUUUUUGUGGUUGGAUUCUUGUGCACGUGCUUAAUUGUUGGCUUUAUUUAUCUUAACAGAGUGAGGCCUUUAAAGUCUACUAGAAUACAAUCAUAUCAGUCACUGAAACUUGUCCUGAUCAUUGCGAGCCUCUAUUGUGUAUGGUGUGGAAGCCAGAUAUACAUGAUGAAUCCUCGUCGACCAGCAGUUGGUGAAGAGGCUGAUCUCGGAGUUCUUGUAUUUUUAGCCACUUAUUUCUUUCUCCCUCAUUGGUUUUGUAUUAUGUCUAUGAACCCAAAAGACCAUGAAUCGGAGCAACUUCCAGUCUGA